AUGUGCGCUUGCCAGAGCGUCCAGUUGUACGUCUGUCAGCUUGAGGUCUCGCUCGGCCAGUUCUCGUCUCAGCUUCUCCAACUCGCUGCUAUUCAUUCUAUCCGACGGCGAGGGGUAAUUGCAGAGCCAGGCGAUGGGAUUCCAGGACAGACAAAGAAGAAGUGGAGGAGAGAAUGGGGAGGGAUUAGAUACGAGCUUAGCUACGUCACAUUUCCCAUGCCCACUGAGCCGUUGCCUUCACAACCAGUCGACUUUCAGUUGAUUCUCGUUAUUUGA